GACAGGGCUCCUGGCGCUGUCAGAGCUCUGGCGCGUUCAGCCUCAAACCUGUCAUUCUAUUCUUGUCUUUGGGAGAAGAGGCAGAGAGCUACCGUGAGAGGGACAAGGCUCGUUUGUCCGCCAGUACGGGACAUUGAAUCUGAGGCUUUCGCCCUGAGCUACGUCCGCCCUCAGUUACUAUUAUUUUAUUGUUUUAGGAGGGUCUUGCUAAGUUGCUUGACCUCAGCUUGAACCUGUGAUCCUCCUUCCUCAGCCUCCCACAACUUGAGAUUACCGGCACUCGCCCUGGCCGCCUAAAACAUCACGUUUUGGGUUUUUGCUUUUUUCUCCUGGUUGCGACGGGAUAUCAUGCAGUUCAGGUUGGGCUUGAACUAGCAGCGAUCCUCCUGCCUCAGCCUCCCGAGAGCUGGGGUCACAGGGCUGAAAUACAACCUUUUAAGUAGCAGAUCGGUGUAUUCGGAACAAGCUCCCUCUCCCACUGACCUUGACAGCGUCCGACCUCUGGCUUCCUUCUGCCAGGAGAAGGACGCGGUGCGAGCGCUUCACCCCCGGUUCCUGCGCCUUCAGCUCGGGCACAGCACCGAGGCAGGCGCGCGAGGCCUCUUCCCUCGAGGGGCUGGAGCCUGGGGACGCCCGGGCCAUCCUACCCUGCAGCCACGAGGGCGGGGCCGGGCCGCGCCCGCCCCACUGCCCUGCCCUGCCUUACCCUCGCCACCGCCGAGCGGUGCGGAGCGGAGCGGAGCGAGCCAUGGCGCAGGCCAGGAUCCAGGCCAAGGCCAGCGAGGGCCGCUUCUGCCGCUCGUCAUCCAUGGCCGACCGCUCGAGCCGCCUGCUGGAGAGCCUGGACCAGCUGGAGCUGCGGGUUGAAGCCCUGCGGGAGGCGGCCACCGCGGUGGAGCAGGAGAGGGAGGUCCUCCUGGAGAUGAUCCACGGCGUCCAGAGCAGCCAGGACAUGCGGCAGAUCAGCGACGGAGAACGGGAAGAGUUAAACCUGACUGCAAACCGCUUGAUGGGCCGAACCCUCACCGUGGAGGUCUCGGUGGAAACGAUUAGAAGCCCACAGCAGGAAGAGGCCCUCAAACAGGCCACCAAGGUCAUAGACGACGUGGUCAGUAAGUUCCUGGACGACCUGGCCAGUGCCAAGUGUCACCUGAUGGCCCUGCACAGCGCCUGCUCGUCUGAGGUGCCGCCGGGGCCUGUGGAUCAGAAGUUUCAGUCCAUAGUGAUCGGUUGUGCGCUUGAGGAUCAGAAGAAGAUCAAGCGGCGCCUGGAGGCUCUGCUGAGAAACAUUGAGAGCUCGGACAAGGCUGUCCGGCUGCUGGAGCACUCCAAAGGGGCAGGAGCCAAAGCUCUGCAAGCACACGCGGAAAGCAGGCUGAAUUAGUGCCGGCCGCGGGCGCGGUGCUGUUGGCAGCAAAACCGCAUCUUCACCUUCCGUGUCACCACGUGACAGGAGCAGUCGUUUCAGAGGGAACCAUUGCCACGUCGGGACUUUACAGCUCGAUUAAACCAGUGUUUGAACUACCUAGACUUUCUAGGCUGCCUCCUUGGUGCCAAGCGCUAGCGCUCUAUUUCACUGUUUGGUGAAGGAAGCGGCUGUGCAGGCUCUGGCCUGCUGGCACAGGGCUCCUGCUGCUGAGCCACAGCCUGGCACGGAGGUGCUGGAGGUGUCGGGUAGUGGAGGGCUCUGCACUCACUCCACCCAGUGCCGAGGGGCUGCAGCAGAUGAUUUUUAUACACUUGGACAUGUGUACAGUGUGAGAAAGUCACCUUUAGUUUUACCAGUGAUUAAUUACAUACCCACUUGGUUUCUCAAAUGCAUUCUUCUAGAAUUUCUACGUUCUUCUUGAAAAGGUGCUUGUCCACGUAAAACACUGAUUUGCAUAGCUAUGCCCUGAUGGGCCGUCCCCUCUCCUGGGAGGAGGGCAGCUCUACCAUGCGGCUGUUGCUAAGAUGCAGCCACUGCUGAGCUUCAGCUCUGCACAAACCCAGCCUGGGGUGUCCUGGGUCACGGGCCCCAGGUUCAUGGCCUAACGCUGAUUUUUAAGUAGUAUAAAAGUUGUGUCAGGUUUUACUGCCUUCAGUAAUUAAAUGUGGCCAUUUCACUGAAAUUUUUUCAAAGCUGAUCAUUAAAUUUUUCUAACAUUAAACAAGAAA